AUGAGCUUCCUUAGACAAGUCAGACUUCUGCUGUGGAAGAACUGGACACUCAGGAAAAGGCAAAAGCUUCGUUUUCUGGUGGAGCUUGCAUGGCCUUUGUCUUUAUUUCUUGUCCUUGUCUGGCUGAGGAAGGCUAACCCAGUCUAUCGCCAACAUGAAUGCCAUUUUCCAAAUAAGGCUAUGCCCUCUGCAGGAACACUGCCAUGGUUACAGGGCAUCUUCUGUAAUAUGAACAAUCCUUGUUUCCGCAGCCCCACCCCUGGAGAAUCUUCUGGCAUUGUGUCUAACUACAACAACUCCAUCUUAGCAAGAGUGUAUCAAGAUGCUCAAGAGCUUCUACUCCAAGCAUCUGAAAUCCAUGACUUGGGCAGAAUCUGGGAGGAAUUGCGCAUUAUGAUCCAGUUUAUGGAAACAAUGAGGACUAAUCCUGAAAGAAUUGCAGGAAGAGGGUUAAGAAUCCGAGACAUCUUGAAAGAAGAGGAGACUCUGACGUCCUUUCUGCUGAAUGAUGCUGGUCUCUCAGACUCAGUGGUUUUCCAGCUGAUUAAUUCUCAAGUGCGCCCUGAACAGUUUGCCUAUGGAGUCCCUGACUUGACUCUGAAGGACAUCGCCUGUAGCCAGACCCUACUCAACCGCUUCAUUAUCUUCAGCAGCCAAAGGGGUAUGCAUGCUGUGUACAACGCAAUGUGUGCCCUUUCUCAGGAGAACCUGCAGCAAAUAGAAGACUCCUUGUAUGCAAAUGUUGAUUUUUUUAAGCUUUUCCAGCUGCUUCCCACUGUUCGAGACAGUAAGGCGCAAGGUGUUGACCUGAGAUCCUGGGGGAGAGUGCUGUCUAAUGUGUCUCAAGCAGUGCGAGAGCUAGCCAGGAGGCCAAGCGUUCAGGACCUUUUGUUGGUUCUGCAACCGUUUGUACAAGGUGGAGGGCCAGAAUCCUUCAGUCACCUGAUGAGCGCCUUGUCUAAUCUUCUCUGUGGCUAUCCAGAGGGAAGUGGUUCCAGAAUAUUCUCCUUCAACUGGUAUGAAGAUAAUAACUACAAAGCCUUCCUAGGGGUUGACUCCACCAAGAAGGAAUCCAUUUAUUUUUAUGACAAUACAACCACACCCUUUUGUAAUGCAUUGAUCCAGAGCAUGGAAUCAAACCCUUUAACCAAAAUAGCCUGGAGUGCUGUGAAGCCCCUGCUGAUGGGAAAAAUCCUCUUUGCUCCUGAUUCUCCUGCUGUAAGACAAAUACUGAAGAAUGCAAACUCCACAUUUGAAGAACUUGAGCGCCUCAGACUGUUGACCAAAGCCUGGGAAGAAGUGGGACCUCAGCUGUGGCACUUCUUUCAAAGCAGCCUGCAAAUGAAUAUGAUCCGAAACACGCUGAAGAACCCCACAGUGAGACACUUCUUGAAUGGACAGCUGGAUGCUGAAGGUUUAACUGCUGAAGAUGUGAUCAACUUUCUCCAUAAUGGAUGUCCAGAGAAUCGCAAAGAGGGUGUGUCAGACUUUGAUUGGCGGAAUAUCUUCAAUAUCACAGACCAGGCUUUGCGUUUGUUUAAUCAGUAUUUGGAGUGCUUGACCCUGGAUAAAUUUGAAGGUCAUGCUGAUGAAACCCAGUUGACUCAUCAAGCUCUUAAUAUGUUGGAGGAAAACAAAUUCUGGGCUGGAGUAGUCUUCCCUGACAUACACUCCGAGGCCAGCAAGCUGCCACCACAUGUGAACUACAAGAUCCGGAUGGAUAUAGAUGCAGUGGAGAAAACAAAUAAAAUCAAAGACAGGUACUGGGAUCCUGGUCCAAGAGCUGACCCAGUGGAUGAUUUACGUUAUAUAUGGGGAGGGUUUGCGUAUCUGCAAGACAUGAUUGAGCAUGGGAUUAUAAAGACCCAGACCAACGUUGAAGUGCCAUCAGGAAUCUACCUGCAGCAAAUGCCCUAUCCCUGCUUUGUAGACGAUAUCUUCAUGAUCACCCUGAACCGCUCCUUCCCUAUCUUCAUGGUACUGGCUUGGAUCUAUUCAGUCUCCAUGAUAGUGAAGAGCAUUGUGUUGGAGAAGGAAAUGAGACUGAAAGAAGCCAUGAAGAACCGGGGAGUUACUAAUGGGGUUAUCUGGUACACCUGGUUCCUAGACAGCUUCAUCAUGAUGUCUGUGAGCGUGUCUCUCCUAACAGCACUAAUUACGUGUGGCAAGGUGCUUCACUACAGCAAUCCUCUCAUCCUCCUCCUGUUUCUGCUGACGUUCACCACAGCUACCAUAAUGCAGUGUUUCUUGCUCAGUACCUUCUUCUCCAAAGCUAACUUGGCAGCCGCCUGCAGCGGAGUCCUCUACUUCACCCUCUACCUUCCCCACAUCGUCUGCUUUGCUUGGCAGGACCGCAUGACUAUUAACCUGAAGAUUAUUGCAAGCUUGCUUUCUCCAGUGGCUUUUGGAUUCGGUACAGAAUACUUAUCACGCUAUGAAGAGCAAGGUGUUGGGCUACAGUGGAACAAUAUCAGGACUAGUCCUCUGGAGGGAGAUGAAUACAGUUUUUUCUUCUCCAUUGAGAUGAUGCUUUUUGAUGCUUUGCUCUAUGGAAUGCUCACAUGGUACCUUGAAAAUGUUUUUCCAGGGGAGUAUGGGAUACCACAGCCUUGGUAUUUCCCUUUGCAGGAGUCUUACUGGUUUGGGUCUGGCUACCCAAAAGCUGAGAAAACAGCAACUGCUGAUGAAAAAAGUCCGAGGAAAGAAGGCAGUCCAGCCUGGAAGGCCUCAGGAGAGGAAAAGACUGCAAACAUGAGGGACGAAGCAGAGGAGCCUGAAAAGCUGGAAGAACAGAGUGUCAACCAGAGGGAGAAGGAUGGUAAAGAAUCCAAAUGUAAACACAAAAGAAAAAAAGAGCACGCCAAGCAGGGGAAGCCUAAGGCAGAGGCAAAGGACAAAGAUGAAAUGACUAGUAAGGAGAGAGAGAGAGAGAGCAACCUGAUAAACACCUUUUUUGAACCUGAGCCUCCAGACCUGAUCCCGGGUGUGUGUGCGGAGAACCUGGUGAAGAUUUUUGCAGGCAGGCCCAAGCCAGCAGUGGAUGGCAUGAAUGUUACUUUCUAUGAGGGCCAAAUCACAGCCCUCCUCGGCCACAAUGGAGCUGGAAAGACAACCACCAUGUCAAUCCUAACAGGCUUGUUCCCACCCACAUCUGGAACUGUCCUGGUUGGUGGCAAGGACAUCCAGAUGCAUAUGGACUCGAUUCGGCAGAGUUUAGGCAUGUGUCCUCAGUACAACAUCUUGUUUAAUCACCUCACUGUAGCAGAGCACAUCUUGUUUUAUUCCCAGCUGAAAGGGAGGUCUCGAGAGGAAGCUGUGUUGGAGAUGGAGAUGAUGCUGGAAGAUAUAGGCCUCCCCCAUAAAAGAAAUGAAGAGGCUCAAAACUUGUCAGGUGGCAUGCAGAGAAAGCUAUCUGUUGCCAUUGCCUUUGUUGGUGAAGCAAAGGUGGUCGUCUUGGAUGAGCCCACCUCUGGAGUAGAUCCAUAUUCCAGGAGGUCUAUCUGGGAUCUUCUACUGAAGUAUCGCUCAGGUAGAACCAUCAUCCUCUCUACGCAUCACAUGGAUGAGGCAGACAUCCUUGGAGACCGGGUGGCCAUCAUUUCCCAAGGAAAAUUGUUCUGCUCAGGCUCUCCUGUCUUCCUAAAGAACUGCUUUGGAUCUGGCUUCUAUCUCACCUUGGUUCGCCAGAUGAAAAACACCCAAGGGGGAGGAGAAUGGGGUUCACACUCCCCUAGCUGUGGAUCUCAGUGCUCAUGUUCCUGUUCCAGGUGUGCACCUAAAGAUAAAGUGGAAGGUCCCGAGCAAGAACUGGAUGGGGAUGUGAAUGACCUUACAGAAUUGAUUCAUCAUCAUGUUCCAGAAGCAAAGUUAAUUGAAAGUAUUGGUCAGGAACUCAUCUACCUUUUGCCCAGUAAAGACUUUAAACAGCGAGCUUACGCCAGUCUCUUCAGAGAAUUGGAAGAAACCCUAGCUGACCUGGGACUCAGCAGUUUUGGGAUUUCGGACACUCCACUUGAAGAGGUUUUCCUGAAGGUCACAGCAGAUGCUGAUCCUGGAUCACAGAAUGCAGGAGGUGUUCAAGAAAAUGGCUUCACUCUCAGAAAAACCUGCAUUGAGCAAAAACAGAAGGCUGAACAACCCCCUUUGGCGACCAAUGGAGCCUCUCGAACACCUGCAGGCCGAACAGGGGAUGGGAACGAAGGCAAAGGGUCCCGGCAGAAUAAAGGUUCUCAGCUUGUCCAUCAGCAAAUCAAAGCACUGCUCAUCAAACGGUUCCACCAUGCUACCCGUAGCUGUAAGGACUUCCUUGCUCAGAUUGUUCUCCCAGCUACUUUUGUGUUGUUAGCUCUAAUACUUACAGUUGUUAUCCCUCCGUUUGGAGAAUAUCCCAGCUUAAUACUACAUCCUUGGAUCUAUGGACACCAGAUUACUUUCUUCAGCAAUGAGCAGCCUGGCAGUGAGCAGAUGGUUUCCCUCACUGAUGCCUUCCUGAAUAAGCCAGGAUUUGGAAAUCGCUGCAUGAAGGAAGAGCCUCUUCGGGACUACCCAUGCAAUAAUAUGUCAACUGCCUGGAGUAUACCACCUAUUCCUCCGAACGUAACCAACCUGUUUCUGACCCACAAAUGGAGCCCUGACGACCCUUCUCCCUCCUGCAACUGCAGCACUCACAAGAAGCUUACUAUGCUCCCGGAAUGCCCGGCGGGAGCUGGAGGCCUUCCUCCCCCACAGAGAGUGCAGCGCAGCACAGAAAUUCUUCAAGAUCUCACUCACAGAAACAUUUCUGAUUUCCUGGUGAAAACUUAUCCCAGCCUGAUCAGAGAAAGUUUGAAGAGUAAAUACUGGGUCAAUGAGCAAAGGUAUGGAGGAAUUUCCAUUGGAGGAAAACUCCCAGUCCUUCAUGUCACUGGAGAUCAAAUUGUUGAUUUUUUGAGAAAUCUUGGCCAAAUGAUGAAUAUAACAGGGGGUCAAGCGGUGAUGUCUGUUGCUAAAGAAAUAUCUAAUUUCCUUAAAUACAUGGAAACUGAAGACAACAUUAAGGUGUGGUUUAACAAUAAAGGCUGGCACGCCAUGGUAAGCUUUCUCAAUGUAGCCAACAAUGCAGUCCUGAGAGCCAAUCUGCGACAAGGCCAAGCUCCUGAGGAAUAUGGGAUCACUGCAAUAAAUCAUCCUCUGAACCUCACCAAGGAGCAGCUCUCAGAAGUCACUGUGCUGACCACUUCGGUGGAUGUUGUUGUUGCCAUCUGUGUGAUUUUUGCCAUGUCCUUCAUCCCGGCCAGUUUUGUUUUGUAUCUGAUCCAAGAACGGGUGACGAAGGCCAAGCACCUCCAGUUUGUCAGUGGUGUUAGCCCUGCUGUUUACUGGCUAACCAAUUUCAUUUGGGACAUAGUGAAUUACACAGUGAGUGCUGGCAUGGUUGUGGGUAUAUUCAUUGGAUUUGAAAAGAAAGCCUACACGUCUCCAAGCAAUCUCCCUGUACUUAUUGCAUUGCUGCUUCUGUAUGGGUGGGCAAUAAUUCCCAUGAUGUACCCAGCGUCCUACCUGUUCAGUGUUCCUAGCACUGCCUAUGUUGCAUUGUCUUGUCUUAAUCUCUUCAUUGGUAUCAACAGCAGUGCCAUUACAUUUAUCCUGGAGUUGUUUGAAAAUAACCCAUCUUUGCAGAAAUUCAAUAAUACACUGAAAAAUAUGCUGAUAAUCUUCCCACAUUUCUGCCUGGGCCGUGGACUCAUUGACCUAGCCAUGAACCAAGCAGUGACAGAUGUCUAUGCCAGGUUUGGUGAGAAGCAUGUCUUGAAUCCAUUCCAGUGGGAUUUUGUUGGAAAGAACCUGGCUGCCAUGGCAGUUGAAGGGAUUGUAUAUUUUGUUCUGAAUCUCCUUAUGCAGCAUCAUCAGAUCCCCACAAGAUGGUUUUCUGAGCCUGCUAAGUUGCCUAUUAAUGAUGAAGAUGGAGAUGUUGCAGAGGAAAGACAAAGAAUUAUGAAUGGAGGAAACAAAACAGAUAUCUUAACAUUACAAGAACUGACCAAGAUUUAUGCAGGUGGAAACAGGCCAGCUGCAGACAGACUCUGUGUUGGCGUUCGUCCAGGAGAGUGCUUUGGUCUCCUGGGAGUGAAUGGAGCUGGCAAGACAACAACCUUCAAAAUGCUGACUGGGGAUACUGACGUGACAUCUGGCGAUGCUAUAGUGGCUGGCAGCAGUAUAUUGACCCACAUCUCUAAUGUUCAUCAAAACAUGGGCUACUGUCCACAAUUUGAUGCUAUUGAUGACCUCCUCACAGGCCGGGAACACCUCCAUCUCUAUGCACACCUGCGAGGGGUUCCUGCAGAGGAAACUGAGAGGGUUGCUGACUGGGGGAUUCAGAAGCUGGGUCUCCAGAUGUAUGCAGACCAGCUGGCAGGCACAUACAGUGGUGGUAAUAAGCGCAAACUCUCCACUGCCAUUGCCCUGAUAGGCUGCCCUCCUCUUGUCCUGCUAGAUGAACCCACUACAGGGAUGGACCCUCAGUCCCGACGCUUUUUAUGGAACUCUAUUGUCAGUGUGAUCCGAGAAGGGCGAGCCGUAGUUCUAACCUCACACAGCAUGGAAGAAUGUGAAGCUCUCUGCACUCGUCUAGCCAUAAUGGUGAAGGGGACCUUCAAAUGCCUGGGCACUAUUCAACAUUUAAAAUACAAAUUUGGAGACGGAUAUAUUGUCACCAUGAAAAUUAAAGCACCUAAACCAGGGCUGUGUCCAGAUCCAAGCCCAGCUGAGCAUUUCAUACAAGUCAACUUCCCAGGAAGUUUACAAAGAGAGAAACACUAUAACAUGCUGCAGUACCAGAUUUGCUCCUCCUCACUGGCCAGGAUCUUUCGGUUACUUAUCUCCAACAAAGAAAACCUGAAUAUUGAAGAAUAUUCAGUCUCUCAAACAACUUUGGAUCAGGUAUUUGUGAACUUUGCUAAGAAAGAGAUGGAGGAUGAAGAAAUUCCUUUACACCCUCGUGCAGCUGGAGCCAGUCGGGAGGUGAAGGUGUCCCCAGCUUUUCCUCAAUAGGCAGCUGCAUAGAACUCCCCUGCAGCUGCUAACACUGAGAGCAUGUUAGCUCACAGAUGUGCCAUAUCACAGCUGUAUGGAGAGUGAAGAAACUGCUCAGGGCAGUAUUCAAAUAAAGCUUUGUACCUUUCCGAGUACUGUGUUCACAACUAACUAGCAACAAAAAACUACUUCUGCCUUGGCAGGAGAGAGAGACAUGAGUACACACUUAAAGGGUCAAAGGAGUGGAAGAUGCCUGGUUUAUAAUAGAAUCCUCCUGUCACACAGGAUCAUUAUAUGCUGCAAAGAGAGACAUCUCUUUCUUCCUUACUGACAUAAGAAAGCAUUAAAGACAGUUUUUCUAUGCUGGACCUUUAAGAUGGUGGUAGUUUUUUUUAAAAACAAAAAAACCUUCCAAAUUAAAUUGCUACCAGAAAUUGGCACCCCCCUUCUUAAAAUGCCAAGGACUGUGUCAGGCCAAGACAUAAUACUCCUGCUUAGAGGUUGCCUCAUUGUAAUGUCAGGCAAUGCUAAUAGAGCGCUGGAGAAUCCACCCAAACCUCUCACCCAAGCAGAACCCUUUUAUAUUUGAAAAAGCUUGGUAGCUUUUGAUAAUGAAAGUAAAUACACAGCCCUUUGUUUCCUGGUUCCAGGCACUGAGGUGAAACUACCAAAAUUUUUUUGGUUAUUUUUUUUUUUUAAAGUCUCUAUGCAAUAUUCAGUAUUUCUGAUUUGGCCCAAAGUAGGAAGUAUUGGCAAUCUCACAUGAGUAAUCCUCAUCUCUUGGUGGUCUAGGCUGAUGUCCAGGGCCUGAUCCUGUCACCAGAUGAAGUUACAUUUUCCCUCUAUGCAGAGCCCUCAGGGCUCAAGCCAGGAUGUAAGUGUUGCCCAAGCCUUCUGCUGGCCAUCUAUAGACGGGGGAAUUUCAACCUACAUGCAGUCCCCUUUGAAGUCAAUGAGAAAUGAGGCAACUGUGGCACACAGGACCCCAGCAUUUUUGGAGGAUUAUAUGACUGAACCAUCAAACAUUUUGAAGUUCACCCCGACACUAAUUUUGCCUCUAGCUCUCUUUCUGUUUCCCAGUCAAACUACCAGAGAAUAGUAGAAUGAGAAAUCAUUCAUAAUGAUUUGAUUACUCACAGCACUAAUCAUUACAUGUU